UCUCUUUUCCCUCUCUCUGCAGAUAAGACGGAACCGGGCCAACACAAUGCUAUCCCCGUCACUCCUCCUCCUCUUCCUCCUGCUACUCCUACUCGGCUCAGGCCGGGCGGUGAGCGACAACGGGUUCCCAGGCUUGAGGCGCCCCGACCUGCCCUUCUUUGACUUCGAGGAGUCCAAGAAUGUGACGGCGCUGCUGGGCAAGACGGCGAUACUCAACUGCCGCGUCAAGAACAUCGGGAACAAGACGGUGUCAUGGGUCCGCCACAGAGACAUCCACCUCCUGACGGUCGGCCGCUUCACCUACACUUCCGAUGCCCGCUUCUCCGCGCGCCACACCCAGGGCUCCGAGGACUGGCUGCUCAUGAUCUAUUACCUGCAGGAGCGCGACGCCGGAAUGUACGAGUGCCAGAUAUCCACCACGCCGCCCAUGAGCCACUUCGUCCACCUCUCCGUCGUUGAGCCGGAGACGGUGAUUCUCGGAGGCCCUGACGUCUAUAUCAACACAGGUAGCCGCCUCGCUCUUACCUGCAGUGUCAAGUUUAGCCCCGAGCCUCCCGCCUUCAUCUUUUGGUACCACGAAGACAAGCUUGUGAGUUACGACCGGCGGCCCAACGGCGUGGUGGUGACGACGGAGCGCGGGCCUGUUACCACCUCCCACCUUCUCGUGCAGCUGGUGGAGCCCCGACACUCCGGCCGCUACACCUGCUCGCCCGCCAACUCCAAGCCCCAGAGCGUUACCGUGCACGUGAUCGCAGGUGACCAGCCAGCCGCCAUCUUGCACGAGAAUGGGGGCCCAGAGGCAUCGGGGGGCAGCCUGGCCUCCCUCCCCCCCACCCUCCUCCUCCUCCUCUUCAUCCUCCAAGCAAAUCUUACUCGGUCUUAAGCCCUUCUCUUCUUCGGCCUCCUCCUCUUCGCUCCUCUCUUUAAUCCUCUCCUUCUCUUCCUUCUUCUUCCACUGCUUCUCCUUUUCCUCUUCCUCCUCCUUUUCGCUCCUCUCUUUAAUCCUCUCCUUCUCUUCCUUCUUCUUCAACUGCUUCUCCUUUUCCUCUUCCUCCUCUUCUUCAUCAUCCUCUUACUUUUUCAUCCUUUCAUCUUUCUUCUAUCUUUCUUUAUCCUUGUUUUGACUUUCUCCUUCUCCUUUUCCUCCUCCUCCUCUUCUUCUUCCUAUUCUCCACCAUAUUCAGGAUUUUCUCUCCCUCUUUAUUAUCGCUUUUCUCCUCCUUCUCCUCCUCUUAUGCUCCCUGAUCCUCCUUCUCCUACUCAACCUCCUCCUGAUCUCCUCCUCCUCCUCCUCCUUCAUGUCAUCAACCUCCUCUUCCUCCUGAUCCUCCUCCUCCUCCUCCUCCUCCUCCUCGUAUCCAUUUUUCCCACGCUUGCUUCCAUUCCUCAAUCUUCUUCUCCCUCCUCCUCCAUCUUACCUCCCUUUCCUUCCCUUUUCCUCCCUCCCUCCCCCCCAAACGCACGAGAGCCCCCCCCCUCCCCCCUUCUCACCUGCCCGCGCACACAGUCACAGGUGUACAUGGAGGUGCUGAAGCGUACACAUGAAAAUACGUACAUAACUAUAAUAAUCGCACACAAGACUUUACUAUUAAUGUCUUCAGUGUGCGUGCGUGUCGGUGUUCUUAUAAACGUACAUACAUGGACGUUUCUGCAGGUGUACAUAGGGUGUAUAUGUGCGCCCGACUUACGUGGCGGAUGCUGAUUGGUCCACAGGUGACGUCAUGAUUGUGUGGAGGUUUCUGAUUGGCGGAUUAUGACGUCAUUGAGAAAGAAGAACUGUGAUUGGUGGACAGACUUGACUCAGCCCGUGACGUCAUUGGCUGCUGUGUGUUGACCUGGAAAAAAAGAAAGAAAAAAGAGGAAUUAAAAACGUACUGGAACCUCAUCGAGUGGAAACAAAAAGGUCAGUGAAAAAAGAAAUAACACUGGACGCCUGAAAACUCCUAAAACGUAAAAAAAGUAGAGCUUAUAAAAACUGAUAUAGAAGAGAAAGGAAAAUGUUACACAAAAGAAUAUUACAGAACCAGGAAAAUAGAUUGACAGAUAAAACAACUGCAACAAUUCACGGAAAUCUGUUGAUGUUGGGACGCAAAGUGGAAUACAACAGUGAAAUAAGGAACAAUGUGACGAGUUAUAGGAAUAAAAACUAAAAUAAAAUAUCAGAAAACAGAAAAUUGAAUAUGGAACGAAAUAAAUAUGAGAAAAGGAGGAAUUAAAGGGAAAGUGACGGAAAGUUAAGGACGAAAUGACAAGACAGGAAAGAAGCGAUGAUGAAAAUAAUGAAGAGGAGAAAAGGAAAAAGGAGAAAAAAAGAUAAAAAAAAGGAAAAGGAAGCAGUGAUGAAAAUAAUGAAAAUAAGGAAAAAGGAAAAAGGAAACAGUGAUGAAAAUAAUGAAAGAAAGGAGAGAAAACUGAAAAGGAGGCCGAGAUGAAAAUAAUGAAAAUAAGGAAAAAAGAGAAAAGAAACUGAUGAAAACAGUGAAAAAAAGGAAAAAAAGGAAAAUGGAGGCAGCGAUGAAAAUAAUAAAAAAAAGAGAAAGCUGAAAAAAAUAGAGAAUGUAGGAAAAAUAAAAGAAUCUAAAACGAUAAAAUAAAUAAGAAGAAAAAAAACACAAGACCAGGGAAAGAAAAGAGUGAAAAGUAUAAACUAAAACGGAAGCGACAGAGUUAGAAAAAAGGAAAAGAAAAAUGAACUUAAGAGCAAAAAGUUUAGAAAGAAAUAAAAAGGGGCGGAUAUAACGACAAAAAAAGAAAUAAAAUGUGUGAGAGUGAGUGUGUGAAAGUGUGUGAGAGAGAGAGAGGAAAAAGAGAGAGAGAAAGCGUCCCUCGUUCAGAGUAUUAUUGACAAACACCACCAUCACCACCACCACCACCACCACCACCACCACAGGCACCCAAACUUUAACCACUAUCAUCACCACUACCACCACCACCACAGCCACCCAAACUUCAACCACUAUCAUCACCACUACCACCAACACCACCACAGCCACCCAAACUUUAACCACUAUCAUCACCACUACCACCAACACCACCACAGCCACCCAAACUUCAACCACCAUCACUACCACUACCACCAACACCACCACAGCCACCCAAACUUUAACCACUAUCACCACCAAUACCACCACCACCACCACAGCCACCCAAACUUUAACCACUAUCAUCACCACUACCACCAACACCACCACAGCCACCCAAACUUCAACCACCAUCAACACCACCACCACUUAUACUUCUACCACAAUCACUAUCACCACCACACACACUACCACCACUACCAUCAUCACCACCACCACUGCCACAAAAAUGAUGACUGUACACCAUUUCAUCAUCACCCACUCCAUCAUCAUCACCAUCACCACCAUCAUUGUGAGAAGACAAUCACAUUUACAACCACACAACCACAUCAUCACAACACAACACUAUAUUGGUGGUGAAGGAUGGUGAUAGUUGAAUAUAGGAGAAGGAAAAGGGAAAGUACAAGCUAAAUAACUGGAGGGAACAACAAUGAUUUAAGAAAAGGCCAACCGAGGAAGAAAAGGAAAAAAAGAGCAAGUUAAGAAAGCUAGAAUGACCAAAUGAUUUUAAACCGACGUAGGAGUAAAAAAGAAGUUAAAAAAAAAUAAUAUUACAGAGGGGAAAAAAUACGAAUUACCAAAUGAUUAACAAAAUGACAGGUCGGGGAAAUAAAAAGAAGGGAACAGAAGAUGAGUUCAUGAAUAAGAGUGGAAUUACAAAGCACUAUAAAAGAUGGUGACUGGGGAAGAAAAAAAUAGAUAAAAAAGAAUGGAAGAAAAAGUAAGAUAAAAAAUAGAAGUUGGUCAGGUCGGGAAAAGGAAUAAAAGGGGGAAAAGAAGAUGAGUUCGUGAAUAAAAGUGGAAUUACAAAGCACUAUAAAAGAGGGUGACUGGCGAAGAAAAGAAUCAGAUAAAAAGAAUAGAAGAUAAAGUAAGAUAAAAAGAGUAAAAUUUAGUUAACACACCCGGCAUCCGCCACAAAAGACCCAACGAGACAAAUUAGAACAAAAAACGAAGGUGAAUGAAAGGAGAAAUAAAUAAACCAAAAUUCUAAAUAAAAGCUAAUAAAGGAAGACUUAGCGCGGUGAUAAAAAAUUACCUGCUACUAAUAUUGAUAAUUCAAAAACAACAACGAUGAAAACAAAAACUGCAGUGAUAACUUCCACCAAUAAUAAUAAUAAUAAUAAUAAUAAUAAUAAUAAUAAUAAUAAUAAUAAUAAUAAUAAUAAUAAUAAUAAUAAUAACACUAAUAAUGAUAAUAUGUAGAAGUAACAAAAACUAACAACUAAACAAUAACUGAACUAAAUAUAACGAAAAAAAAAAAAAUCAGGGUUACAAAUUGACUUUGAAAAAAAUAAUGAAAAAAAAAUUACACUCACUCCCGACAAUUAAAAACAUAUAGCAAAAAAAAUAACUCAAUUUUCAUAACAAUAGUAGCAACAAAAUAAACAAAAAAUAACACAUCAUUACCAUAAACAAUAAAAGAAGCAAAUGAGAUAAACAAACAAAAAUAAACCAAUCACUAUAAAAACAUACAAAUAAAAUCAAUACGACAAAUAAACUAAUGUCACGUUCACAUCCCCCCCCCCACUCACCCGUCCCCCCCCCCCAGCCUCCCACCCCACCCCACCCCCCCCCCGACCGAUCUCCCACUCCCUUCUCCCUUCCUCCCCCCCCCCCAAAAAAAAAACGUUUCAUUUGCACGUCCAUCAUAAGUGCUCCCAAACUUGUUAAGAGUCAUUACCUGUGACAAUGCCGCGGCUAAAAAAAUGGCCGUGAUUAACAGAACCCAAUUUGUCACCAGGUAAUGUGGGAGAGUUUUUUUUUGUGUGUGUUUGGUUUCAUUGUGUUGUGGUGGUCAUUGGAGGAUAGGGGUGAGGGGUAGGGGGGAGAGAGAGAGAGAGAGAGAGAGAGAGAGAGAGAGAGAGAGAGAGAGAGAGAGAGAGAGAGAGAGAGAGACAGACAGACAAACAGACAAACAAAGAGAAAGGCAUACACACACACACACGAACAGAAGGACAUACACAGCCAGGCAAAAACAAAUAAAGGAAUACAAAAAGAAAGGAAAAUAAAACUAAAGCAGAAAGAAUACAACACAAAAAUAUGUAUCGUAAUUAGAGCAAAACUACGAGACAAGAAGAAAGAACAGAGGAAAAUGUGGGCGUGUGCGUGUGUGUGUGUGUGUGUGUGUGUGUGUGUGUGUGUGUGUGUGUGUGUGUGUGUGUGUGUGUGUGUGUACGCCCACUCGACCAGGUAGCAAAGAGACAUCCAGCUUCACUUUCAUCUCCUUAAUUCCUCUUAAUUAGGACGCUUCUCUCCUCGUCUCGUUAAAACAAAGGGACGACCAAGAACACGGAAAUAAGAAGGCAAAAAUAUGACGAAAAGAAGACGAUAUUUCAAGACGAACACAAGAGGAGAGGAAGGGAAAAAGAGCACGGACAAGGAAACGAGGCGGAGAGUGAUAAAGGAAAUUAGUGAUAAAAAGAAAUGCAAGAGAGAGAGAGAAAGAAGAUAUUGUCUGGAAAUAAAUACUAGAAAGAAAGGUCAUGUAAAAUGGUGAAGGGAUGCGACGUAAUUUGUGAAAUACAGGAUUAGAAAGUGUUAAAAAAGAGAAGGGCACCUGAAAUAAAGAAAGUUACACUAUAGUGGAAUUGAAAUUAUUUUAGUCGUGAGCAAUAGUGGAAUUGAAAUUAUUUGAGUCGUGAAGGAUGGAAAUGGAAGGAUUAGUAUGUCAAAAGGAGAAAGAGAUGAAAAAUACUGAUACUGAAAUACCGAAAAAAACAGCAAAAUGAAAAUAAGACGUAAAAUGUUUAGAAAAUAGCAAAAAAAAAAAGUGUAUAAGAUGUAAAAGAAAGGGAAACUCAGAUGGUAAAUCGGAAAAAUGUAAAGGAAGUUGUAAAUAAAAUAAAAAUAAAUAAAGCACAGUCUAUAUGUAAGAGUGUAAAAUGUAUAGCAAUAUAAAUAUUCAAUGACGAAAACCUGAAACAAUAAGAAAAGCUCUGAUAAAACUUACACUGAAAAAAAGGAAACUAUAUGGAGAAAGAAACAAAUGAUAAAGUUUAACGACGCAAACUGUAGCGAAGAAGAAACUAAAAGCGGCAACAGACAACAGAAAAAAUAGAUAGAAAAAAGAUAAAUCACAAAAUAUGAUUCAGGAAAUAAAAACAAAGUAUAAUACAGAAAAAAAAACAGAAAAUUUGAUACAGGAAGAAAAACACAAAAUAUGACAAAAAAAAUGAUAUGAUACAGGAAGAAAAAACAAAAUAUGACAAAAAAAAACUGAUAUGAUACAUGAAAAAAAAUAUGACAAAAAAAACAGAAAAUAAAAUAAAAGAAGAAAAGCAAAACAAAAAAAUGAUACUAGAAAAAGAAAGAAAAUAUGAUACAGGAAAAAAGAACACAAAAUACGAAAAAGAAAAAACAACAACAGCACUGACACAAACUACCAAAAAAAAAAAAGAACAACAAAACCCUAUAAGUAUCAACGUACAUAUAACCGUAUUUGUGGGUGUUUACACUUAAGGAAUUCAGUGUUCAUGUAUUUAUGUACCAUACUAUACCUAUAUACUGUGUGUGUACGUAUGUGUGUGUAUCGAUAACGUGUCUCCAUGUCUAGGCUUCAGCUGUGUGUGUGUGUGUGUGUGUGUGUGUGUGUGUGUGUGUGUGUGUGUGUGUGUGUGUGUGUGUGCGUGUGUUAGGUAUGUCUUUUUUUGUAUGUGUGGGUGAGAUUAUUAAUUAAGGAAAAUAAGGUAGAAAAAAAGGAAAAAAAAGAAGAAUGAGAGAAUGAAUGAAUAACGAAAGCAAGAAAAAAUAAGAUAAAACUAAAAAAAAAAGUAAAAGAGAAAGAAAGCAAUGAAUGAAUGAAGGAAUGAAUGACUAUACGAAAGAGAGAGGCAGAAUGAAUGAAAGAAAGUAGAAAUAAAGUUAAAAAAAAAUAGGAGCUGUAUGUGUGUGCGUGUGUGCGUGAGUGUGCCAGAGAGCGUGCGAGUGUGUGCGUGGGUGUGUGUGUGUGUCCUGCUAUCAUAAAUAUUUACUUCAUAAUAAUAAUAAGAAUACUAACAACCACUCCUGACCUACAUAACGUUUUCUACUUCACUGUAAAUAGAGUGUACAUAGAAGUCUUUGUUCCAUUGUAUAUUUUUGCAAUAAAAGAACAAUAUGCUCUCGCCUCAAAAAA